CGGAGCGUUGGGUUCCCUUCUCGGAAGCUUGGCGCGCUCCUCAGAGGAGGAGAGGAAGAGAGAAAAAAGCCGGGAUUGCUGCGUCUGGGAACUCCCGGAGAAUCCGAGCUCUUGAACUUCUUUCGUGACUCCGAGGGGAUUGGGACGGAGGAAGAGUUGAGAGAGAGAUGCCGGUAGCUCUUGACUGUUCAGGUGCUGAGUCUCAAUUGAGCCAUAUUCCUCUGCCCGUGCCUGCCUUCUUCAAAGAAGCAGAAUGCAGUUUUUCCAUCAAAAAGACCCGCCAACCACUCAGCUAUACCCUUCCUCCACGACCACGUCACAAGAGUACAUUAACUGUGAGCCGAAUUUUCUCUGACCGCCGUCUGCAGCCUUGGACCAAGCUCCAGCCACGUAGUGUUUCCUUUCAUGACUUGCACAAGCAGAAAUCGCCUCUACAUAGUCAUCUAUAUGAUGCCUCUAAAAGAGAGUUGUUUUUCAAGCAAUGUUUUCAGAAACUCAGCUGUUUGGGACGAGGAUCUUUUGGGGAAGUAUAUAAGGUACGGUCUCGUGAAGAUGGUCAGUUGUAUGCAGUGAAGCGUUCUGUGGAACCUUUCCGGGGUGAGGGUGACAGGCAGCGCAAAUUGGCUGAGGUGCGCAAGCACGAGCAUGUGGGGCACCAUCCCAACUGUGUGAGCUUUGUACAGGCUUGGGAGGAGCGUGGUCAACUCUACAUCCAGACAGAGUUAUGCCCGGGCACACUGUUGCAGUACUGUGAGGAAUAUGGCCCUCUGUCCGAAUGGCAAGUUCAGACCUUUCUCUGGGAUAUGCUUCAAGGACUGCGUCAUUUACAUAGUCGUAACCUUCUACACAUGGAUAUCAAGCCAGCUAACAUCUUUCUAUCAUCUACCAAUGUCUGUAAGUUGGGUGACUUUGGGCUAAUGCUGAAGUUGGACUCUGGGGAUCUGAAAGAUGCUCAAGAAGGGGAUCCACGCUACAUGGCACCGGAACUGCUCUGUGGAGAAUAUACCAAAGCUGCUGAUGUUUUCAGUCUUGGCAUAACUAUUCUAGAAAUUGCCUGUAAUAUGGAGCUCCCCAAUGGAGGUAAAGGCUGGCAGCAACUUCGACAGGGUUAUUUGCCCCCUGAAUUCACUGCAGGUCUCUCAGUUGAGCUGCAAAAACUCCUAGUUGCCAUGUUGGAACCCAAUCAUCUUCUCCGGCCCUCAGUAGAGAUGUUGCUUAAUUCUAGUCUUAUGCAAAAAACUGAGAGGUGGCGAAAACUUGUGUUGUUAGCACACUCUGGGAUCCAGCAGGGUGUCUCCGUGUACAAGACUCUCCUCAGGUUCAUGCAAUGGCUUUGGGGAGCUCUGUACCGUCCAGCUCAGUGGUUGCUCUUUUGGCGUAAGACUGUUCCAGUCACACCACCACAUUCACCCUUUCUUCUUCCCCUGGAAAACAGCAAUCUAACUAGUGACUGGGGUGAAGAAGAUGAUGAUGAUAAGGAGAACUUUGGCGAUGAUGUAUUUGAACUUUCAGAGAUAAGUAAAGGACAUAACCACACUUGCCCUGUGGAGCUGCAGUCCUUGGAUAAACAGCCUGGUUCCCCGCUGCUUACCAUAUGCCCAUGUGCAGGAAGCACCUCCACACCACGGCAUCCCUCACCCCAACAGACUCGUUGCAGGAAAAGCAGGUCUUUUACACUCCAGGGAAGUCCCAACCUUAGUCGCAUUAGUCUGAAGUCCCCAUGCAGCAGCCCCACUUCAUCAAACAUGUUACCUGCGAAUACAUUGCAGCACACACCAACAUAUGAUGAAACAGAAGUUAAAUGGGAAUCAGUUUUACUUCAAUGCUCAGAUGAGUGCUCCACUUUUGAGCCAAAAAAUUUGCUAAGCUUAUUUGAGGAUUAUACAACACCAAAACAAAAAUGUCAGAGCUGACGGGGGAACUAUUUUCUGACUGCUUAGGCCCUUUUGGGGGGAACAUAUUUUUUUUUAGCGUGCUAGAGGUCAGUAUGCUCAGAGGUACCAAAGUUUGACCAACUUCAGACUAGUGAAGGAAAGGCAAGUUAUUAAGGAUGCUUUGCUGUGUAUAUUUUAUCUACGUCAGUAUAUAUAAGGCUGUUUUUUAUAUAUUCUUGCCUUUAUGAUUUAAGAAUAUUUUUCUGAUAGUAGAAAGCAGAUCAUAAUCUGUCACCAUUUUAGGUAAAAGGCAUCCUACUUUCAUAAAAAUAUGAGGAUUUCUAUAUGAUUUUUUUUAAAGCUUUUGUCUUUUUCUUUUUGUAUCAAAUAUUUUUUGUCAUUUGGAAUUGGACUUUGAGUUUUGGGGCUCAAUGAUCUUUUAUUCUGGGGAUUUACAAAUGUAGCUAUAAUUCAUGAUAUUA